AUGGUGACCCCGACCCUGUCGACCGCGGCGCUACCAUUACCGCGGCGUCCUCGGACGAUGCCGCCCCACAUCAGAGAAGGGUACUUUGGCGACGCCCUCGGGUGCCGCAAGACCAAAGACCUCGUCCCCCUGGCGUCCACAGGCCCCCCUGACUUGUGCCAUGUCGCCAAAUACGUCGGGUCGCACCUGCUGACGUUUUUAAACCACGAUUUCGUUGUCGGCGACGAGCGGCGUUCCCGCGACGACGAAGGCUAUAUUGGCUACUACCACUACGUCAACGGGCUCGACACCACCGAAAUUGACGACUACAUAUUCCAUUUGCUCGGUCUUGUGAGCAACGGCGACGGCGAGUGGAGGUUCUCCACAAAGGAGGAAAGAAAACGCGAAUUGGUCGUCACCUACUGCCUGUACAACGUGUUUCUGCGCCAGGAUUUCAGAGUACGGAUCGUGGUGUACCCUGGCCGCAAGAAUACCGCUCAUAUCGAUAAACUGUACCAGUUAGUUGGCGUUACCAAGACUCAGCUGUUUAAUGCUACCACGAUCCACGAGCUUCCCCCCCAAUUCUGGGACGAGUUGAAGGCGUCACAAGUGCUUAGAGUGCUUCUAAUGGGCGAUAGUCCCGGCGAUCAGGUGGUGGGGCUCUGUUCAUACCCUGAUUACUUUGUGUCUCCAGAAUCACUCCAGGGAGCCGCCUAUACGCUUGUGAGACAACUACCUCGAGGGUACUUGGCAGGGUGGGACCCUAGCCACGGUGCUCCAACUAAUUGCGGCAACGCCGGCGAUAAAAAGACCAAUUUUUACCGCAAUUACUUGGUGGACGGAUUGGUAAGGCUAUGCGAGCUUGAUCCGCUGGGCGCCGUGACCCAGUUUGUCAUUGAUGAAAUUAACGCUGAAUACGAUGAAGGGGAGUUUGAUUGGGUCAAACUACAGGUGUACAAGUACACCCAGGGCACUAAUAAGGAAAGAGCCUACUUGGAGCUUAUCCACAACUAUCUCAGCCAGUACCCGCUCUAUACCACCCACCUGGGGCUUGUAUUGUUGGACCAAGUCCAGUUCUUGCUUACCAAACGCCACUACCGGCUAGCAUUGACCCUAUGCCAAAAAUGUGUGCUGAUCCUCCCCCUUGACUUCGACUGCUGGUACACGUUAGCGGUGUGCUAUGUACUUAACGGCGACUUUGGCCAAGCUCUCCUCAUGGUCAAUCUGUUGCCAGUGGUGAUUAAAGCCGCUCCUCGCCGGUAUGACGAUUUUUACGUGCACACGUUUACACAGCGCAGCGGCGUCGACGAGGCGAUUCUGGAACGCACAUUCAACGAGUACUUCCCUGAACCGGAUACUCCCGGUUUGGUAACCAAGCUCUGGCGGGAUCCGUACGUGUUUCAUCCUCAUUUACGUCACCCGAUGGUAGGGCCAUGGUACCAGCUGCCGUUAGUACUGUGCUCAGUUAAGGAGGUGGCCUCAGUCAAUCACAACUUAGUCCGCUUGGCGCUGGCAGCACUGACGCGUCAACAGUUGUGUGCCCAGCUGCUGGGGCUGAAGAUGGUGUCGGUGCUUGACUUCGACCGCAAACUGACGUGGGGCCGGGCCUACGACCUUGUGAGUAUGAUUGUGGCCAUGGCCGGGUGGGACCAGGUGAUGGAGCUUAAGCAGCUGGUAUUUCAAGGCCAUUUGGAUAAGAUCGAAGUGGUUAACGAGGCUGACGUCGGCAGACCUCAGUGCGAGCCGUGGCUCGAUACUUUAUUUGCCGUGCUUUAUGAGGACCUUAAAGUGGUCAUGGCGGAAACUAGCCAGGAAAACCAGAGCCGGCUGGCGGCGCUGUGGCUCAUGACGGGUCUUUUAGGGUGGGUGACUAAACAAAACCUCCGAGAACUGAUCCUGGCGCUCGUCACGGCCGUCGUCGGGGCUACUGAGGGAGGCAAUUUCGAUUAUUUUGGCACCGUGCAAUUGCUUGAGAUCUACAACGAGUUCGUGUUGCUGGAAUACGGCGAUACCAAAGUGGAUACUCUCCACGAUUUGGGCCCGCGUUUCUUUACCAAUAAGUUGAUCGUGCGGCUGGUAUCCACUGACGUCUACGACCAGUUUGUCAAACAGUUGGAACGAGACUAUUUCUCGCUUGAAUUUGUCGUCCUCCACUUGAUGAGACUAGCGCUGUUUCUGGUGAGAUGGUACCAGUACUUCCCGUCCUAUUUGGUGGUGCGCGUGCUUAGUAAGCUCUUACUCAGACACGACGCCAUGGUGGUGCGGACGACGUUUAGAGUGGUGUUUGAACAGCAUAAACGCCGCCCGGCGCUGCUGCUGCGGGGGUGGUUUGGUACCAGCAAAAAGAAGGAGGAAACUCCGUGGCUUUUCGCCGAAUCGGAUACCGUGUUGGCGUACAUGGAGGGGCUCGUCACUUGGCUCGAACACCUCCGCAGUAUAUAG